AUGAAAAUCACCAACUCCAUCCCCUGUUUGUUUGCCGUGCUGCGUCUGACAUGUGCCAAUCCUCAAAUCACGGGCAAUGUCAAGCGGCAAGCCUCGCAGCUCCUUGACAGCUAUGAUUUUGUCAUAGCGGGCGCCGGAACCAGCGGCUUGACCGUCGCGGAUAGGCUCACCGAGGCGUUCCCUGACAAAACUGUCCUCGUCGUGGAGUAUGGCGAGAUUGAAAACGCGCGGGGGGUUUUCGAUCCUCCGACGAUUGUCUGGGGAGGAAGCAGUAAUUCGGCAAGUGGCUGGCUGCUCAACUCGACUCCGAGUCCGGAGUUAAACAACGCCACGGCCCUCGUCAUGGCUGGCAAGGUUGUCGGUGGAAGCAGCGCCAUCAACGGCCAAUUCUUUGACCGAGGAUCGCGCUUCGACUAUGAUUCCUGGGAUCGACUCCAGAGUGGCAGCCCUGAUGCCCGGAAGAAAAACAUCGACUGGAGUUGGGAUGGAAUCUAUCCCUUCUUCAAAAAGAGCGUCACUUUCACGCCGCCGCCUGAGGCUGUUGCGCGUAAAUACAACUAUACCUGGGACACAUCAGCGUUUGAUAACGUCACUCCCAUCCACGCCAGCCUCCCACCGUUUUUGUGGGGGGACCACUUUGUUGGGCGAGAUGCCUGGGAGGAGAUGGGCAUCCAACGGUCCCAGGAAUGCGCCAACGGUGACAAAGAAGGCCUCUGUUGGAUUCCCAUCUCGGGACACCCGGUCACGGCAAGGCGGUCCUAUUCGGGGAUCGGCCAUUACGCUGAUGUGGUAGCCGACAGGCCCAACUACCAUCUUCUGGUCAAGCAUCAAGUGGCUCGUGUGGUAUACCCGGAGGGGGACACGAAAUCCGGCCCGCCUCUCGUGGAAUUGCGUCCGUUGGCCGGCGAUCCGUCAUUCAACAUCUCUGUGAAAAAUGAAGUCGUUCUCUCAGCGGGAGUGUUCGGUACACCGGCCAUCUUGCAAAGGAGCGGCAUCGGACCGGCUGCUUUUUUGGAAAGCGUGGAUAUUCCCGUGGUCCUCGACCUGCCGGGCGUUGGCUCCAACCUGCAUGACCACUCAGGCCCUCGGGUGACCUGGAACUACACGAAACCACUCCCCUUCUACCCUCUCCCAUCGGACAUGCUCAACGCAACCUUCGCCGCCGAGGCCGCCGCGGGCUUCAACCAAACCCCCGCCCAGGGCCCCUACACGCUGGCCAUGUCCAACAGCGCAAUCUGGAUAUCCCUCCCCAACAUCACCGCCGACUACGCCACCAUCGUCGACACGAUCCGCGCGCAGGCCCAAUCGCCCGACGCCGCCGCCCUGCACCUGCCACCCGCCUACAACACAGACCCAACCCUAAUCGCCGGCUACCAGGCCCAGCUCGAGCAGCUCGCCGCGCUGUACGCCAACCCGCGCUCGCCCAGCCUGGAGAGCACCUUCUCGACGGGGACAUCGCCGGGCGCGCUCCUGCUGCACCCGCUGAGCCGGGGCACGGCGCGGCUCAACGCGACGCACCCGUUCGAGCCGCCCGUGCUGGACUACCGGUCGGCGUCCAACCCGGUCGACAUGGCCCUGCACGUCGCCCACACCCGCUACCUGCGCCGCAUGACCGCCACCGACGCCCUGCGCGGGCUGGGCGCGGUCGAGGUCGGCCCCGGGGAGGCGGCGGCUGCGGACGAGGAGUUGUUGGAGGCGUACGUGCGCCGGAGUACCGUGCAGAGCUAUAUGCACCCGUGCUGUACGGCGGCGAUGCUGCCGCUUGAUAAGGGCGGUGUGGUGGGGUCGGAUCUGAAGGUGCAUGGGGCGGUGGGACUGAGGGUCGUGGAUAUGAGCAUGAUGCCGAUACUGCCUGCUGCGCAUCUCAGUGCGACGGCGUACGCUGUUGGUGAGAAGGCCGCCCAUAUCAUUAUCGAGCAAUGGACGGAACAGGGCGAAGAGUAA